AUGUGUGCGAGUCCAACGUCCAUCCCUCCAAAUAUCACCAUGGAGUGCAACGACGACCAGUUGAUGAACAUGCAGGUGAUGCCCAUGAUUGAACUCUACUCGGACAUGGGCUGGUCGCGCUGGUGGUGGACACGACUCAUGUGGGCGACUCUUGAUCUCGUCAUGGACACUAUCUAUUGGCUUGACAUCUUCGUUCGUACCCGCACUGGAUUCCUCGAGCAAGGUCUCGUAGUCAGAGACAUCGAGAAAAUCAGGAAGCAGUACUUUGAGAGCAAACAGUUCAAGUAUGAUAUAAUAAGCAUCAUACCACUUGAUUAUAUUCUCGGUAAGCCUUCUCCUCUAUCGUCUUCCACUUCACCCAGUGAGCCAUCAUUCAGGGAGUUCAAUGCCGAACGCCUUUCGAGAGUACUUUGCGUCGUCUGGUACAUCAUAGUCAUCAUUCACUGGAACGCAUGCUUCUACUUCUGGAUUUCUGAGAUGAUCGGUUUGGGAUCGGACGGCUGGGUAUACGGUCCGUUGAAUAAGCAGAGUCUUCCCGAGAACGUCAAGGACACACUUCUUCGCCGGUACAUCUACAGCUUCUACUGGUCAACUUUAAUUCUGACGACUAUCGGAGAGGUCCCGUCUCCUGUACAAAAUGUGGAAUACCUAUUUGUGACGUUGGAUCUGAUGUGUGGAGUGCUCAUUUUCGCUACCAUCGUCGGUAACGUCGGAAGCAUGAUUUCCAAUAUGAGUGCUGCUCGAACGGAGUUUCAAAACAAAAUGGACGGCAUUAAGCAGUACAUGGAGCUCAGGAGGGUCAGCAAGCAGUUGGAGAUGCGAGUGAUCAAAUGGUUCGACUAUUUAUGGGCUAAUAAGCAAUCACUAAGCGAUCAACAAGUUCUGAAGGUGCUUCCCGAUAAGCUGCAAGCUGAAAUCGCCAUGCAAGUGCACUUUGAGACGCUUCGAAAAGUCCGCAUUUUCCAGGAUUGCGAAGCCGGUCUGUUGGCCGAGUUGGUGCUGAAAUUGCAGCUGCAGGUGUUUUCUCCUGGCGACUAUAUUUGUCGGAAAGGAGACAUUGGUCGAGAGAUGUACAUCGUGAAACGGGGUAAACUGCAGGUGGUUGGCGAUGAUGGACAGAAGGUGUUCGCGACGCUUCAAGAAGGUGCUGUCUUUGGAGAGCUCAGCAUCCUGAACAUUGCUGGAAGUAAGAAUGGAAAUCGUAGAACAGCCAAUGUCCGGUCUGUAGGCUAUACAGAUUUAUUUGUGUUGAACAAAAAUGACUUAUGGAAUGCUCUGAGGGAGUAUCCAGAUGCCAGAAAACUGUUGCUGGCAAAGGGACGAGAGUUAUUGAAAAAAGAUAACUUGCUAGAUGAAAAUGCCCCCGAAGAGCAGCAAACUGUAGAAGAGUUGGCCGAGCAGCUCAACAAUUCGGUGAAAGUUCUGCAGACCAGGAUGGCGCGACUAAUCGCGGAACACACGAGUACUGAGACAAAACUUAACAGUCGAAUUGAAUUUCUGGAGAAGCAACUGCACAGGUAUAAGACCAUGGUCAGGAAACACAAAAGUCUACAGGUGAAGUCAAUGAGUCAGGACGACGAUUGA